CUACAGCCUAAGGACUAGUCUUCCAGCUCUGUUCUUCAGGGCUUGGCGCUGUAGCUGCAGGAGAUGAGGGAGCUGCCCAGGCAAGGUUUUCCUGACAGCAAGGGUAUUAUGCCACCCUUGGGGGCCCCGGGGCACUUUAUGUUUAAUUAACUUAAUUAAUUAGCAUUUGUAUAUGUUUUUGACACCUGUAUCAUCCCAGUUAAUCUUCACAACCCUCCUCCCCUUUAGGUUGGUGGUAUUAGCCCUGUUUUAUAGGUGAAGAAACGUGGGCCCAAAUGGAUUUAAUAAGCUGCUUUUACUGGGCCGUACAGCUGGGAAGUGGCCUCGAGCCCAGCUCCUCGGGCCACAAUCCCACGUUCUUCUCCUUGGCUAAGAAAGCACAGAGCCUGAGGGCCCAGGCUUGUGACUUCGCAGUUAUUUCACCUCCCAGUUUCCUCAUCUGUGAAAUGAGAAUUUUCGUAGAGCCUCCUUCACAGACUGCGGCGAGGAAGGAUGGAGACAGUACAUCUACGUCAUCCAGCGCUCGUUGACCACUUAGUGAGCAGGAACCCAGGCACUUGGAAGAUGCUCACAGUGGCCAUGUGCAUGGCUCUUCUGGGCUGCCUGCAGGCCCAGGAGCCCCAGGGACAUGUCUCCGUAAUCCUGCUGGGAGCAACUGGGGACCUGGCUAAGAAGUACUUAUGGCAGGGGCUGUUCCAGCUCUACCUGGAUGAGGCAGGGAAGGGCAACAGUUUUAGCUUCCAUGGGGCUGCCCUGACGGCCCCCGAGCAGGGCCAAGGGCUCAUGGCCAAGGCUCUGGAAUCCCUCUCCUGCCCCAAGGACAUGGCACCCAGUCACUGUGCUGAACGCAAGGAUCAGUUCCUACGGCUGAGCCAGUACCGCCAACUGAAGACGACUGAGGACUACCGGGCUCUGAGCAAGGACAUUGAGGCACAGAUCCAGCACGAAGGCCUCCGGGAGGCUGGCAGGAUUUUCUACUUCUCCGUGCCACCCUUCGCCUAUGCAGACAUUGCGCGCAACAUCAACAGCAGCUGCCGUCCCGGCCCUGGCACCUGGCUGCGGGUGGUCCUUGAGAAACCCUUUGGCCAUGACCACCUCUCAGCCCAGCAGCUGGCCACAGAACUCAGGAGCUUUUUCCAGGAGGAGGAGAUGUACCGGGUGGACCAUUACCUGGGCAAACAGGCCGUGGCUCAGAUUCUGCCUUUCCGGGACCAGAACCGCAAGGCUUUGGAUGGCCUCUGGAACCGGCACCACGUGGAGCGGGUGGAGAUCGUCGUGAAGGAGAGUGUGGACGCAGCAGGUCGCACCAGCUUCUAUGAGGAGUACGGCGUCAUUCGAGACAUCCUCCAGAACCACCUGACCGAGAUCCUCACGCUCGUGGCCAUGGAGCUGCCUGACGACAUCAGCAACGCGGAGGCCGUGCUGCGGCACAAACUUCAGGUCUUCCAGGCGCUGCGGGGCCUGCAGAAGGGCAGUGCCAUCGUGGGCCAGUACCAGACUUACAGCGAGCAGGUGCGCAGAGAGCUGCAGAAGCCAGACAGCUUCCACAGCCUGACGCCGACCUUUGCAGGUGGGCCCUGGACCCGGGUGGGGCCGCUGGGUUCCCCUCACGCCCAGCUGCAAGCAGCUUUCCAGACCCACGUGCCCUUUGGUUUGGGGUGGAUGGGACUUGACCUGGGAUUUUCACAAGGGUGCUCAGUGGCAAGGAUGAUGUUCCCCUGCCUCUCUGGCCUUCUGGACGAGAGAGUGGGCUACGUUCGGGUCUUGUUCAAGAACCGGGCGUAUUGUGUCCAGAGUGAAAAGCACUGGGCCGUGGAGCAGAGCCAGUGCCUGCCCCGACAGAUCGUCUUCCACAUCGGGCACGGCGACCUGGGCGGCCCCGCCGUGCUGGUCAGCAGGAACCUGUUCAGGCCCUCGCUGCCCUCCGAGAGCUGGAUGGAGAUGGAGGACCGGCCCGGGCUCCGCCUCUUUGGCCGCCCUCUGUCUGAUUACUACGCCUACAGCCCCGUGACGGAGCGGGACGCCUACUCCAUCCUCUUAGCGCAUAUCUUCCACUGCCGGAAGGACUCCUUCAUCACCACGGAGAACCUGCUGGCCUCCUGGGUCUUCUGGACCCCUGUGCUGGACAGCCUGGCCCACGAGGUCCCACGCCUCUACCCGGGAGGGGCUGAGAACGGCCACCUGUUGGACUUUGAGUUCAGUGGCGGCCAGCUGUCCUUCUCCCAGCAGCAGCUGGAGCAGCUGGUGCCCGGGCCAGGGUCUGUCCCGGUGCCCAGUGCGUUCCAGGUCCUCAGGGCCAAGUACCGAGAGAGCCCACUGAUCUCGGCCUGGCCCGAGGAGCUGAUCUCUAAGCUGGCCGACGACAUCGAGGCCACAGCUGUGCGGGCCGUGCAGCGCUUCGGCGAGUUCCACCUGGCGCUCUCGGGUGGCUCAAGCCCGGUGGCCCUGUUCCAGCAGCUGGCUAUGGGGCACUAUAGCUUCCCCUGGGCCCACACGCACCUGUGGCUGGUCGACGAACGCUGCGUCCCACUUUCCGACCCGGAGUCAAACUUCCAGGGCCUGCAGGCUCACCUGCUGCAGCACAUCAGGGUCCCCUACUACAACAUCCACCCCAUGCCCGUGCACCUGCACCAGCGGCUCUGCGCCGAGGAGGACCAGGGCACCCAGAUCUACGCCAGGGAGAUCUCAGCCCUGGUGACCAACAGCAGCUUCGACCUGGUGCUGCUGGGCAUGGGCACCGACGGGCACACGGCCUCGCUCUUCCCACAGUCGCCCGCUGGCCUGGACGGCGAGCAGCUGGUGGUGCUGACCAAGAGCCCCUUCCGGCCGCACCACCGCAUGAGCCUCAGUCUGCCCCUCAUCAACCGCGCCAAGAAGGUGGCGGUCCUGGUCAUGGGCAGGAUGAAGCGUGAGAUCACCCUGCUGGUGAGCCGUGUGGGCCACGAGCCCAGGAAGUGGCCCAUCUCGGGCGUCCUGCCUACUUCUGGCCAGCUGGUUUGGUACAUGGACUACGAGGCAUUCCUGGGAUGAUGGUGCCUUUUCCCUUCGCCCACUCCACUCCCGAGCUGUCCCCACCUGCCUCGUUCCCUGCCCUCUUAGCCCCGCCACCUGCCCUGUAUGCCCCGGCUCUCUGGAAUCUGAUGCCCCGGAGUCAGGCCCCAGAGAGGGCAGGACAGGGCCCUGUCCCAGUGCCUUUGGCAGUCGUCCUGUCUAGCUGCGGUGGAUAGCUGCAGACACAAGGGAGAAAUGGAAUCUCUGCUCCCAAGAAGCUUCAAAUCCAGGUCAGGAGGGAACCCUUAAGAAAAGGCCUACAGUAAUCACAUGUUAAUAUCAACACGCCCAAAAUAGGAAGGAGCAAAAGCUUCCAGGUUCAGAAGAGGGAACGCGGUGGGCUGGGCUUAAUCAGGGAGUUUCCUGGAGCAGGUGAUCCUUGAACUGGCUCCCGUGGAAAAGAGGAGUGUGAUUGGCAGAGAGAAGGGCGCAGAGGCACCCAGGGGAGUGCAGCGCCCUGUGCAAAGCAGUGACUCCAGGGACCGUUCAGAGACCUUGAGCAGGGUGGGGUCUUGCUUCCUCCAGCCCCCCUCGUCCUAGAGCCUCUGCACAGUCAGCCUCUGUCCCUGCCUCUUCCAGCGGCCUCCACCUGCUCCCCGUCGCUGGCCCCUCCCUCUCUCCUCCACCCUGACGGUGCAGUGGGUGUUCCCGGUCCCCUCUCUGCUUCUUUGCUGUUGCUCAGAUUUCUAGAGAGACGAGGGGUGAUGAAGGAAUAUGGCAGCAAAUACUAGUCAAAAGUUUCCAGAAAUCUACGGUUGCUGACUGCUCUGCAAGGGAAGGUGGGGUCCAGUUCCCCCAGCUUCCCUGGGGAGGACCCCUGCCCUCUGUCCUCUCAAGCUGGCCUCCUUCUCUGGAGCAUGCUGGGUACAGAUGGCCAGGCCGUUCCAGGGAUCCCUAAUGUAAGAGGGCCACUUACAUCUCAGGGGACUCCCCGGUGGGCGUUUCCAAUCUCCGUAGCCUCUCUUGUAAGGAUCCAGUUAAAUCGUUUACCGAUGGCAACAGCCCACUUGGUGGGAGAGAUGUGUGUUGAGUGACACUGGGCCGUCCAGGUGGCUCUGAUCCGACCACUCAAGAGCCCGGCCUCCCUGGUGGGCAGCAGCUGCCCACAGCCUUUUCAGGGCCUUAAUUGGCGGGUUACAGGGCUGCAGCCAGCCCUUCUCACUGUGCCUCUCGGUGGUGACAGCCUGCCACCUCCUGCUGGUCUCCUGCCACCUCUGCAGCACCCGGGACAGGGAAUAGGUAGCUUCUCUGCGAGCACAGGCUACAAGCAAGAGUCUCUGCUGCUGAGAAGCCGCAGGCCAGUAAUACCUGUUUUUCCGAAACCCCCAAGAAGGGUUCUGAAAUUCUUUUAAAAAACAACAAAAAGCAAAAUUCCCAGGACACCUGUAAUUUUGUUUGUUCAACUUCCCACAUAGUGAAGGGCAGUUUUCUGUGUGACCUCCCCUGUCUUAAAGUCACACUCUGUGUCGGGCAAGCGCAGUUUCACGUCCUGCAGAAUGUUCCGGGAGAGGGCUUUCAUUUGGUGAGAAGGAGCAUCACGAAGUCUGUUUCUCUACUUUGGAUUGUUUACACUUUCUUCAAGGCUGUGAAUUUGAAAGAUUCCGGCUUUCCUUCGAGACGUGUGCCUGUGAGGUGGUUCCCGAGCCAGCGGCUCUCGCAGGACGGGCACUUCGACCCAGGCCAGAGGGAGCAUCUCUUUAUACCCAGAGAGCUACCCUUGGCGGAACAGAACCACAGUGCCUGGGCCCAGAGGCCUCCCUCUCUGUCUGCUGGGCUGGGCCGGGCCGGCACAUGGGGGCGGGCGCGGUGCUUGUGGCCGAAGUCCCGCCUAUGGCCACAUGGGGGAGCCCUUGCACCGUCCCGCCACCGGGCCAUCUGGGGUGGUGGCCUCCCCUGGCGGCAGGUUCCCGGCCGGCCGUGCUCCCUCCCUGGGCGCCUGGCCCCAGCACUCCCCAUCUGUUCUUUAGGAACUUACUCCUCUGCGGUUGCAACACCGGAGGGAAAGGGGCCUUCACAUGCCCAAGUAUCCCUCCAGGAUCAAGGGUGAGCAGGCCCUGAUGUCACCAUUUCUGAAUAAUGGUGAGUCACUGCCCGGCCUGGGCCUAGAAUGUCCUGUUCUUACUCAGAAGAAUGACUUGCUUCAGCGUGUACCGUUUAUCUGUGGACAGUGCUUGUCUGGGAGUGGGGAGGGGGCCAAAAUGCCAAAGGGCUCCUUUCCAGAAUCAAGUGCUUUCUGAAAAUCACACUGGGCAAGUCCGAAUUCCUCUGCUCCCACCCAGCCCUUCUCCUGCCACCCUGCGCUAGGAAGGGGAGAGCCUCAGAACCAAGAGCCCCCAGGCUGGCGGUUCCCACACUGUUCAGAUCGUGAUCCACACGAGAACGUGUUUCCAUCGUGCCUCAGCCCAUUUGUACAUCAGUCUCUGUCUCAAGCAAGUUUUAUAAAGAAUUUCGUACUGGCAGGAUCCGAGGCACCCUCUGUUUUCUAGUUUUCCCUUUUAAAAAAAUGCUGUUUGUAAUUGACUAAAUUGAGUGAUACAGAAUUUGCAAAACACUGCUCUAGUCCCACUUCCCCCCCCCCAGCUCUGAAGGGAGGACCUGUGCCCAGCCCACGCGGGGAGGCCGGAAGGUGCUGGCCUCAGGUUGGCGCAGAGGCGGUGCCCUCGGGCUGCCCCGCCCUCGGUGGUGGGAUCUCAUCUGAGCCUUUGACAACCCCAUGAAGUAGGUUCUGCGAUCCUGGUCCCCUGAUGAGUUUGGCCCUGAAGCUCAGGUUAGGGAACUGCUGUCUAAAGACAACAGGACAGUGAGCCGCCCACUCGGAACCCAGGUCUCUAGGAUCCCAGAGCUGUGUUCCCAGACGCCCUGCUGUGCAGCCGCAGUCACCAGGGUCCAGGUUUCGGUUGGGACGGGUGAGUCCAGAGUGAGGAGCCCAUGUGUGCACUCGGGGGCCUCUGAGGGCAGAAGCGCCCCUCCUUUGGGAGACCGUGUUGGUCAGCAUCCCCAGAGCAAGCAGUCUUAUCAUUUGAGGCAGGGAAGGACGCGAGGGGCCUUCUAGGCUGUCGUCGUAGGCUGAUUCUGUUCCCAACCUGGGAGCAAAUUUUUCUGCUAACUUUAAGUUGAAAUAGUCUCUUCUUGUUGCUUUUCCCUGUUGCUUGUUUCUCUUCAGACAAUGCUUCUUCCCACUCUUGGGCCCGCAAGUUAGUAGCAUAACCAAAGCAUCCUACCAUUUGGACUCAUGUCCCAGAAGAUUCCCUUGAAUAUUCCACAUGUGCAGGGCCUGGGCUCCCUGGCGCGGGGGAGCCGCCUGCUCUGUGUGCUGCUCCUGCCCCGGGUCUCACGGAGCCCAGGCGGAGAGCAGGGAGCGUGUGACGGAGAAGGAAGGCAGAGACUUCUUCCAUCAGGGGCCAAUUCCUAGAAUUUGGUUUUCAGGAACGACUAUCUUUUCCUGCGAGAUAGACGCCGCCUCACGUAAGCAGCUUCUGCCACAGCUUUACCCAGCUCCGUCUUCAUCCUAAGCACACGGGGCUCCGGUGGACCCCACUCCACGGUGGGAAAGCUGCUCGGCAGCGUCCCAGUGUCAGAGAACAGACAGGGCCCAGGAAAGGCCAGCGGUCAGGAAGACGAGGUGGCCAUGGUGGCAGGUCGUCAUCGCACCUGAUCACCCUGCAAAUGAGACUCUGGAGGGGAAAGGGCCAAGGAAGGUCUGUUGCCUCCAAAUAAAUGUCUCCGGCCACGUGGCCCAUGGGGGGCCAUUCAUCCCCAGCCAUCAGCUCACGGGACUGACGACCAUCUGCCUCAGCAAGUUCCCUCUCCCUGUGACUGUCCCACUCUGAGUGCCACCCGCCAUGAAGAGGCCCUAGCACUUGGAGAGGUGCUAAUUGUAUUGUUCAGGUGACAUUUCCACGGGGAAGAAGGUAGCUCCUCCAAACUUACCAGCAUUUGGCAGCUAAUCGGAACCUGAGAGGGCAUCUAAACUGAUAAUGCAAUAAGAACAUCUCAGUUGGUGCUGCUCUGCCCUUGGGGCUCCGAGCAUUUUAACCGCCGUGACUGGAGUUGCCUAGCGGAAGUGCAGAUUUAUUCUGUGAUGGUCCUGCCUGCUUUUAUCUCCUGCCCACUGACCAGCCAGCGUCAGCCCAGGCAGCAGUGAGUGCAGUCCCGUUUCCGUCUUCGGUUGCUUGGAUGAGGGUUUGCGUUGGACGCUGGUGUGUUCUUUGCUGCAUACUGUGUAGUCUCCAUAUAAGACAAAAACCCACAUCCCGCCCUUUCUAGAGCAGAACUCUCCCUCCCCUUGUGUAUCAGUCUUUCCUGCAAAACGUGUCUCCACCCGGGUGAGAGAGCGGGAACCCAAGGCAGCAUAUGUUCUUGGAAGACUCGCGACAGCAGAUGCCUUCCAGGGACAGACACAUACUCGGUUCUCCAGGCCUCGGUCAGCAGCUCGGGGUGGGGUGCGAGUGAGAAACUGCAGCUCCCUCAGCUCGUGGCUGAGCAAAGUGCAAACUCACGCCGCCAGCGCACGAGACAGGGAGGGCGAGGAAGUUGAGGAUGCAUUUCUGACACUGCAGCAAGCCACGGGGAAAGUGAUCCCUUAGAUGAAACCUCCCUCCAGCCGACUUUUGGGAGCAUCUCCGUUUGCAAAGCAGGUCAGGGGGGACUUGCGUGUCUGUGUGUGACCCACGCGUGGGAAGGGACAUUUGGAGCAUUGGAUUAAUUACGCUUCUGCUUAUGUGAUUCCCAAGGAUGAUCUUGUUUCAAACCCUUGUCUUCCUCUCACAUGUCUCCAAGGCCGUCUCUGCAUCUUUGCUGUGCCUUGGUAUGGGAGGGGUAGGCACAUUUUCACUUGCUGAGAACUGUAUUGAGUGUAUUUGAAUGGCCAGUAGUUAGCUUUGAAAGCGUGAACAGUUUUGAGCCUUAGCUUUACCCCACAGAAGUCUAGAAGGGUCCAUAAUAAAGCGUUAGGAGGUGCACAAGUGCCGGAGGAAAGGACCCUGGAUUAGCUGGCAAUCAAGAACCUCGUUUGCCUCCAUUCCUCCGGGACGUGCCCUGUACAGUCUGCCCCUCCCGGUUGUGUUCACCCAGAAGAGCUGGGGGACAGCAGACCCCAGGGCAGAGCCUCUGCUGGGUCCCAGGAGCUCGUCCCUGCCUGUGCCUGAGUGAGAGCCGAGAUUCCAUCCGGGGCGGUCAAGUUGGAACAGGCUGAGAGGCUGCAGCAGCAGCAGAACCAGGCAGGGGCGGGGCCUGGUGCAUCUGGGUCGAGUCCCUGCACUCCCUGCCCCGCGCUGGGAACUUGGGGUCUGGGCUCCUGCCAGGUGAGGAGCAGAGGGGCUGUUCCCUGUGGGGUGGGAGGCGUGAGCGUGAGGACCACGCACUGCCAAGCAGCAAGAAUGCGCCAUGCUUUUCUUCAGCGAGGGAAACUACCACUGGUUUUUGUGGAAAUACUGGAAACACUGGAAACUUAAAGAUGCCUGAGAUGAUGAGACACAUUCAGAGCAAAUGCCUUUUUAAAAGGUUUUUAAAAUGCCUUUUUGUAUGUCAAAUGUA